AGUUAAUUACAUCUGAAAGUGAAACAAGCAAGCAGGAAGAGUAGCCUACCAUCAUGACGCAAAGGAAAAACUUCUUCUAGAAGUGACUUUUCGCUAUAAAAGAAGGUUUGCCUGACAGCAGAAGUAAAGAAGACGCAGCUUUUCGGUGAGCACAGUGAGCUGAGAACCAGGCCUGUGUUGGUGGGUUUGGGUCUGUGAUGGAUAGGCUGACACUGUCCCGCAUAGACGAGGAGCUGGACUCCUCUGAGGUUGCAGCUCUCUGCUUCUUGUGUCGUGAUGUUGUCCACAGGAAACGCCUGGAGGGGAUCAGAGAUGCAAAGGGACUGUUCUUGAGACUAGAAGAAAAAUGCCUGCUGGAGAACGAAGUCUUCCUUUCUCAGCUGCUCUCCACUAUCCAUCGAGCAGAUCUCCUCCGCCUCCUGGAGACAGACAGCAGACAACCAGAGGAAACCGACGCAUAUCCCGUCCUGUCAGAUUACAGGGUGAUGCUGUACAAAAUCUAUGAGGACAUGACUCGGGAAAAUCUUGAAAAGAUGAAGUUCCUUUUGAGCAACCAGCUGGGCAGAAGACAAGUUGAGACAUGCAAUACAGCACUGGAUGUGUUUGCUGAAAUGGAAAAAAUUGACUUACUGUCGAAUACGAAUCUUCAUGAGCUGCAGACAGUACUGCAGCAGUUGGAUCAACAACUGGUAUUGACUGUAGAGCGCUACGUGAAAGGUGAAACCCAGCCACGUCCUCCUCGCAUCAGCAUGGAUUACCAGGGGGUCAACAACCCCCCCCAGCCGACUGAACCUGUUCUGUCGAUAACUGAGACUCGGUCCAGCUAUGAAGGAGAGAGUGUUUACCCUGAUUCACAGUCCUCAUUUCUAACUGAUCAGACAGAGUACUACACCAUGAACCAUAACCCUCAUGGUUUGUGUGUGGUCAUCAACAAUGAGGAAUUCCAGGGAACACAGCUGAGAGAUAGAAAAGGGACUCGGGAGGAUGAGAAGGCUCUGCAUAAAGUGUUCACCCACCUUGGCUUUGAAGUGGUGGUACACAACAACUUGACUGCAGAAGACAUUCGACUUGUACUAAAAGACCUCAGCGGAAGGGAUUUUUUUGCUGAUGAUGCCUUGGUGGUAUGCGUGCUUUCCCACGGAGAAAAGGGAUGUGUCUUUGGGACGGAUGAGAAGCAGGUGUCCAUUCGAGAACUGACACAGCCCUUCACAAGUGUACGAGCUCGCACCUUGGCGGGGAAGCCCAAACUGUUCUUCAUCCAAGCGUGUCAGGGAAGCGGCUACCAGAGAGGAUCUGUGCCGUGUCGCCCGAUGCUGAGGCAGGAGGAAGGGGACAUAGAGGUGGAGGAAGACGCAGGUCCUGUGCACAGCGAGACUGUGCCCUCAGAUGCUGAUUUCCUGCUGGGCAUGGCCACCGUGCCAGAGUGCAAGUCGUUUCGAAACACUUUCACAGGCUCCAUCUACAUCCAGGAGCUGUGCAAUCAGCUGAUGAGGUCUGCACAAAGCUCGGAGAAUGAUGAUAUACUCGCUGUCCUGACACGUGUGAACAGGGAGGUCAGCAAGGGACAAUAUUUAUACUACAAACAAAUGCCGGAGCCCAAAUACACCCUCACCAAGAAGCUUGUCUUCAAAUGUGUCAGCUGACUGCAGGGACCAAGUGCAAUGCUGUAAGAGUGUGUGUGUGUGUGUGUGUGUGUGUGUGUGUGUGUGUUUUUAAUCUCUAUAUGGUAAAAAUUGGAUGAAUUUAAAAGUCAGUGUCUUUGUAUUUAUCGAGAAGCUGAUGUCUCUUUAUCUUAACAAAAAAGCAUCACUGUGAAUAAAGUGUUACAGGAGCCAUUAAGAGGAAUAUCCUUUUUGAAAUGUUUGUAAUUCUUCCAACGUUAUUUAGGAAAAAUAAGCAUAAUUUGGAAAGUUUGUUUUUGUCACAGAAAUUACAGACCACAGCAAUGCAGUUGCACUUCAGUGAGUUAUGAAUGUCUCACUUUAUUCACAAACCCUCCCUCCACCUUUUAACUGCUAUAACACAAUGAAAUCUAUUUAAUAGUGCACAUGAUAGUUCUUAACAUUAUUUGAGCAUUGUUUCAUUUAAGGGACACUGAACACAAAUGGUCUGUUUGUAUUGGUGGUUGAAUGGUGUCAAAAGUAUUAAAAUCUUCUGUAAAAGCAGCAAUAAGAAAAUGUAAAACUAGAAAAACUGCAUUUCCUGCAGAAAUAUGUGUGAAUGCUGAAAUGUAGUAGUAUUAUUAAAGACUGUAUUAUUAGGUAGGUACAUUUAUUGUAACAAUAGAACAGGUUAUAAUGAAAUUGAGCAGUAAUUAUUAGCUUUAAAAACUGUAGUUGAAGUAGUAAAUACUGUUGCUGUAGUAGUGGUGGUAAUAAUGCUGCAUUCCAUUUAUACUGGAAGUCAGAAUUUCCGGGAGAAAUUUCAACUGGAAUACCCCCUUAGUUGGAUUUGCGACUUGGACAGUCGGGAGUCACCAACCCCGACCUCUGGUGCGUCCCAAUCCAAUUUCCAAAUCCAAGAUGGCUGCUUCCAGCGUCAGAGUGAAGCCAACAUACUGUUAUCCCACUUCAGUCUCAGUAAAUCAGUCGGAUCCACAGUACUGGCCGACUUAUGUUGCUAUGGUGUUUGUAUGUGGAAAUGAGUUUGAAUCAGAAUUCACACUAAAUACUCUGUUCAGGUAAAAUGACUCUUAGUCACACCCUUUUAUUCUUUGCAGUAUCAUAAAUGUAUUCACAAUUAAUUUAAAUAAAAGCUAAAAUAAAGUCAUAUGUAAAAUUCACACAUUUAA